AGAUGCUUCGGUUAACUGAAUGAUGACAAUUUAUUCGCUUUGAUAUUCGUUAUCUGCAUCAUCUUCUAUCGUGUCCAAGGUCUCCGAUUCAAUAUUUAACCUCAAAUGCGCCAAAAAUAUGACCUAGAUCUCGGUGUUGUUCUUCCUGUGGCGCUUUCGAAGAAUGACUCAUUGCUGGCAAUAUUAGUAAUAUCGUAUUUCUCUUUCAGAUGGCGCAAAAAUGGUUAAUUUGUUUCUUCAUCGCACUGUCGGCGUCCCAAAAAGCCGAAAAGCCGGCGAUGUCUUGUUCGUAUGGUGGCCGAGGUACGCUCAUAUCGAUCUGCACUAACGCUAACGCCGGAUACUUUCGUAAAACCUCGUACAGAUUCGACCAUUUAGACGAAACCCUCCGAUGCGUUAACUGUAGCCUGCAGGUAUUGGAAGGCGGUUCGUUGGACUUGUCCGGCAACCAAAUAAAGCACCUCGACCUCCACAAUUCCCAAAUCACCGUGCUCAAGCCGAGGGCGUUUAUCGGUUUGAUAUUCUUGGAGACCCUCAAUAUAAACUCGAAUCUCAUCGCCGUUAUUCCACCGGAAACCUUCCAAGGAGUCACAAAGAUUCGCACAAUAGACGCAAGCAAUAACGUAAUCAAGUCUUUGGCCGCUAAAGCUUUCGUUGGGCUCUCCAAUUUGAUUUCCCUAAACUUGUGCGACAACAAAAUCGGAUACAUCGACACGGACGCGUUUAGUGGCUUAGAUUCGCUCAGGGUGUUGGAAUUGUGCAACAACGCAAUAUACGACCUUCACCACAUCUUUACGGCCCCCUCGAAACUGUGGUACCUCAACGUGGCGCGCAACCAAAUCACCGACGUCAUCGAAACCGACUUUAGAUACUUAAACAAUCUCGUGGUGCUGCGAAUGCCUAGCAAUUCCUUGAAGUCAAUCAGGAGGCACGCGUUUCUACCGCUGCUCAACCUCCAAACACUCAACUUGUCCUCCAAUCCGAUUGAGGCGAUCGAGACCGGCGGAUUUCGCGGCCUAUCGUCCCUGGAGGAGUUCGACUUGAGCGGCUGUCGAAUCCGAAACGUGCAGAAGGGACUCCUGCUCGCGCUCCACAUGCUGCGCACCCUCGACUUGUCCAACAACCGCCUCGGAACGUUCCAAACCGGAAUAUUCUCCGGUCUCCCGGAGUUGCGGGUUCUAAACGUGAGCCACAACAAGAUCAAACGGUACGAACGGACCGGAGUGCUUAAGCUUCCCAGUCUGCACAACCUCGACUUAUCCUACAACGAGCUGAAGACCAUCGACUACAAGGCUUUGAUUGGCCAUCUUCCCGCUCUGUCGUACCUGGGUCUGGAGGGCAACGACCUGAGUUGCUUCCUGAAGAGCGAAAUGCAGGAAAUGUUUAAGGAAGACAAUUUUAAGUUUAAUUUGGGCGCCAUUGAGAACUCAAAUGAAAAGUGUAACGCGUCCAAAAUUGACGUUGACACGUCCUCUAACCAAAUAGAGGACGUCUCCACCGAAAGGUUGCAGAGCUAUAAGUAUUACGCAGCGGAUGAGCACGAAUACUUUCUUUAUGUUUUCAUCGUAUUUUCAGUUGCGGUGCUUUCCAUUUUGUUUUAUUUGCACUACCGUGAUAGAGUGCAGCUUGCGCGAAUGAGUCAUACAGACACGUUCGAGACGCCGUUAAUCGUAAACUAAGUUUUUGUAAAUAAAAUGAUUGGUCCAAAAACUUUGUAUGCCACCAUAACGGAAACGCUUAGCUUAGUUUUGUUACAGAUGAAUUACCACCCCCUACUGUGCGUGCUGCUAGUGCUAACGUCGGCGGCGGCCCAACAGCCCGCAAUGUCUUGCAGCUACAAAGGGCGCGGUUUUCUCACGUCCAUUUGCGUUAAUGCCAUCCCAUCCUUUUUCCGUAUGACCGUCUACCGCUUCGACAAUCUUGACGAGACGCUUCAGUGCGUCAACUGCACUUUGCAAGUCAUCGAGAGCUACACGUUUGACAUAUCCGGUAACCAGAUCAAGCAACUUGAUCUGACCGACUCAAAAAUCACAGUUUUGAAACCGAAAGCCUUCAUGGGGCUCGUCUUCUUGGAGACACUCAACCUGAAGGACAACCAAAUCGUUUCAGUACCGGCAGAGACCUUCCAGGGCAUCACCAAGGUGAAGGACCUGAACAUGGAAAACAAUCGGAUUGAUAAACUGCUGGCGAACGGAUUUAAAGAGCUGACGAAUAUGCACAAGCUGAAUUUGAAGGCCAACAACAUUAAGAGUAUCGAGGACGGUUCCUUUAACGGCUUGGGUUCCGUGGAAGAGCUCGACCUCUCCAACAACGAAAUCACGACAAUUAACGGAAUCUUCACCGGUUUGGUUAGCGUGCGCUCGCUCAACUUCGAAAAGAACAAGAUUUCGAAGCUCGAUCCACUCGACGUCGAACAGCUGAACGUGCUCCUCUACCUGAACUUGGCCAGAAACAACCUGAAGGUCAUUUCGAACAACACAUUCCUGCAACUGCCCCGCUUGGAAACUCUAAACCUGUCCUCAAAUCCAAUUGAAUCCGUCGAGGUCGGUUCGUUUCGCGGAUUGGACGCACUAGAGGAGCUGGAUUUGAGCAGCUGCCUAAUUGAGAACAUCCAAAAAGGGCUACUGCUCACCCUUCACCGGUUGCGCAUACUGAAUUUGUCCUACAACCGGCUCAAGGUUUUCAAAACUGGCCUUUUCUCCGGAUUACCCGAGCUGAGAAAGCUGAACAUGUCCCACAACAAGAUUUUGACGUACGAGAAGACCGGCCUAUUCCCAUUGCAUAGUCUCCACAACCUGGACCUGUCCUUCAACAACCUCACCGAUCUAGACUACAAGCUUCUCAUCGACCAUCUCCCGGCCUUAUCCCACAUAGGUCUCGAGGAGAACUCGUUACCGUGCUACCUGAAGAAGGAGAUGGAGGAGACCUUCAAGCACGACAAUCUUAUCUUCAGCCUGGGUGCGGACGCCGAAGACCCCAACUUUAAGUGCCCCACGCGAACGACCGUGGCUCCCGACGACGGACCAGACGACGAAACCAACGCGGUGACGGUCACCGCACCCGUUUACAUGCAGACGUCCGACGGACACCAGUACGUGCUGUACGUCUUCGUGGCGGUCGCGUUAAUAUUAAUGUCGCUCCUAUUUUACCUGCAAUAUCGCAAUCGUACCGAAAUCACCAGGAUCGUGGGGAGGACGAACGUGUCAGAGACGAGACUGAUCUCCAGCGAGCUGGAGGACGGGGAGGCUUAUUAACGUUAGGUAUUAAAUAAAUUAUGCAGCUUUGCCUAUGUACCUUUAAUAAUAAAUCGAAUUUAGUAUAAGUGCGA